CCCAUUCCCCUCCCCCUCCUCGCCCUCGGCCAACCAACGGUCGCCCCGGCCGCUCGCCCGCCUCCCAGGACAGCCCGCGGUGGGUUUCGCGUCUCCGUGGAGACCAACCAAGCGCAGGAGCCAGGAUGGAGCCGGAAGGAGCCCAGGUGCCGAGCGGCGGAGAGGCCGCCCAGAGCAGCACGGAGGAGCCCCGCGGGAGCCCGGCGGAGACGGCCCCGUGUCCCGCGGAGAUGCCGCCGGAGCCCGAGGCAGAGCCGCAGGCCGGAGCCACGGUCCCGGUGGAGCUACCGCCCUGUCACGGCGUGCCGGGGCCCUACCUGGGAGAGCUGCCGGCCGCCGAUCUGCAGCCGCUCCCGCUCUGCGUCCCGGAGCCGCCGAGGGAGCCGCCCACCCGCGGCCAGUGCCUGAUGCACAACUGGCAGGAAGAGAGAGCCACCAAAGAUUUGGACCUUGUGCCAAGACCCGAGUGUGGCACCGAGGGGUCCUUCCACCGGCACGGGCAUCCUGGCCUCCUCACCCUUGACUUCCUAGCCGGCAUGCCCACGACCACCACCCUGAAGGACUCCUACCCUCGUCCCAUGAAGACAGGGCUUCCUGUACGAGGGAAGCGAGAGGCCAUGAUGGAGCAUCUUCUGUACCAGAAACACAGGACGAGCCUCCUAGCAAGCGAAAUGUACCCUCCGCCCGAGCCCAUGGAGUCCCUCUCCAUCACCCACCGGGACUACAAGCAGGAGGGCUUCCGUUCUGUGCCCCUGCCCCCCACCCAGCCCCACGACUACCGGCUGGAACAACCGCAGACAUUUUGGCUCGAACAUGCCCAGCAGGUGCCGGGCAUCUCCAGCAUCCGGACUGGCGACACCCCUUUCAGGAAGUGCGCAACGUUCACAACUCCCAUGUCCGAAUACCUUGACCAGCCAUUGCCGUACAGCCCAGAAAACUACCCCAAGCUAUGAAUGCUACCUUGGCACUAUCUGGGCUGGUUGGGAAACACCAAGCUUAUGCAGGUGGGGGGGGAUGCAGAGUCCCCUCCUCAAAAUGUUGAUUUCCCUGCUAAAUUCCUGCAAGAGCUGAAGGCCCAACCGCCAGAGUCGUUUCCAGGAAGCUUCCUUACGGUUCCCCUGCCACAAAAGCAGCCGGGGCUGGGCAGAGCCGUUUGCCAUCCUUUCUCUUGCUAAAUGGAAGGGGAGGGGGCUAUUCUCCCCUCCCCUUUCUGUUUGGACAAGACUGCUUGCCUGAUUCCUGGAUUUGCAACCAGAGGGGGAAAAUGAGCAGCAGGGCUGGAAGACUGGCUCAGCCUGCUGAGCCAAGGGGUGGGGGUGCAUCGAUUGGGACCAGGAGCCCCAGCUGGGCAAAGGGCUUUUGUGAUUGCCUCAGCAGGUGGGUUCCCAAGUGCCUGCUG